AUGCCCAAACCCAGCAUUCCCAAGCCAAGCCCCGCGCCGUCAGCAUACCCGGGCGGCAGACGGCCUCUCACGUGGCUGACCGUGGUUUGUUUCGCCCUCUUCUCCAUCGCAGGGUUCUACUUUAUGCGCAUCGAGAACAGCAUCAACGGGGUACCAGUCGACUUUGAAAAGGUUGUCACCAGUGGCCAGUGGGCCGACGGCACACCCAUCAAGCAGACGUACACGGGCGUCGAGGCCAUCGACUUUGUGUUCCGCUGGCUUGUCCCGGCUUUUAUUGCCGGCCCGGCCGGAUAUGAUCAAGGCGUCCGGCUCCAGCAGAUCCACUUUCUCGUCAACUUCUUUGCCGUCGUCGCGAUUUGGAAUGUCGAGGCGUCCCGGCAGCGGAACCGGGGCAGCGCAUUAAGCUACACGGCACUUUGGGCCGUCUUCUACCAGACUGUGGCGGGUGCAGCCAUAAUUCCGUUGUAUUACCUCGUCUACGCCGUCAUAUCACGGAAUGACAGCUAUCUCAGUAAGGGCAGGGAAGUGUCCCGCGGCCAAGCCAGAGCGCUGCUUCCAGCUCUCGUGAUCGGAUACCUUGUUCCCACAACUGCCCUCUAUAUCCCCUGGGGCGAUUCUGACAUUACUCAAAACUUGACGGCACUGUGGCAGAUAUCUCCGGCAAUUCCUAAUCUGUUGUUACUUGUGUUUUCCCCAUUCCAAGCAUCGGAGCGCAUUCCUUCGAACGUCCCGGCCGAUGUCAAGUACCUCAAACGGAUCUAUCUAGCCAUUGGCAUCAUCUCAACGCUGACACAGCUUGCCACGUUCUACAUCAGCUUCACAUCUGACAACCCGCAACUUACCCUAAGCUAUAUCUUUCUGCCUAACAAGGCAACAUGGAAGGAGAGUACCGUGCUUGGACUCCACUACAUCUUCCAGUGGGAUUUCUGGAUCAUUUACGUUUCAUCACUUGUUUGGUGUUAUAUCGUCGUUGUCGAUGCCGUGCGAUAUGUAAACGGCAGAUUUACAUUGAUUGAAGCAAUCUUGUCCAUUUUCAACCUUACCCUAGUUUCUUUUAUAGCGGGGCCUGGUACCACGAUGGCACUCGUCUGGAAUUGGAGGGAGAAUUGGCAGCUGAAAAUUGAGCAGAACCACGAGAAACCAAAAUCCAAGUAA